UCUCUUUCACAGAGCCAUUACAAGAACAAUCUCCCACACCGGACCUUCGCCAGAGCACCUUAGACCCCUAGCAAGGACGUCCACAUCCCUUGACCAGAUCCUUUACUCAUCCUUAGCAUUAUUCACAAUGAUCAUUCCCUAUGCUCUUUUGGUUCCCUUAUUGCUUCUGAAUUCAGCCUCUGCUAGCCAUUGGACUUGUUACAGAAAACGGAUGAAGGGUAUUGGUUAUGAUGUUGAUGCUGUUAUUGCAGAUCCAAGUGGCAUUAUUAUUGCACAAACUAGUUGGCACAGUGACUGGGCCGACGUUUACACAAAAAAGAACCAUAGAGGGAGGAUGGACAUUAGAAAAAAUUUCCAAAGUUGGUCUUUUGCUAUUGAUGGUAAUGACUAUGGAACCUUCUAUCCUGCAGAAGUGAACAGACUUGAAAACAACAUUGACAGAAUUGCUUUUGGGUGUUAUGACACGAGUGCAACAGACUACUGCACGCAAUAUAACUACAUCAGGAAUAUGUACUACAGAUGGCUAGACGAGGUCAGGGACGGGAAGUUGAAUGUCUAGAGCAAAUAUCAAAUAUACAUGUAGGAAAAAAAAACUUAUUAGCAUCACCAGCCCAUACCUGUAGUAUUGGUUCAUCAUAGCCAUAGUCCAUCUUCACCCAGCACACAAACAAAUAAAGGCCGAUUGAGUUUGCAAG